GUAUCGCUCUCGCAGGCGGCUCCUGUGGUCAAGUUUACAGGUUAUAAGUGAUUUUCCAGUCUUGGAAAUUAUGUGGAAUCCCCUACGUUUCUCCGGGCACUUCCGUGUUUGAUUUUUAUUAUUUGAAAUUAUUAUAUUAUUUUAUUUUUCGUCCUUUACUUUCUAUAUUACUUACGUUUUUGUGUGUGUUUGUGUUUUGUAUUCAUUGUUUUUUUUUUUUUACUUUUAUAUACAUGCGCGAUUUAGGCCGAUUAAUUAACACUUCACCAUCGUCGUUUCUGCUACUGGCCCGAAUUCAAAAUAAUUAAACUAACCGUAUGAUGAGUUGGAAUUAUAAUGCCAGCCGCAAGCAAUCAAAUAGGUUCAGCUUUGUUUCAGUCACUUUCUAACAAAGUUACUGAUCGACGGAAUCACCAUACAACUGUGGCAGACGACCGUUCCAGUUAUUUGUAUAUAGCAUCUAGUAAAAUUUUGGAUAAAACCAUUGAUUUUGAAAUGUUAGACCACAAACCAUCAAUGUUAUCUCAAAUGAAAAACAAUUGUAUAAUGUUACUUCAAAAUGGAUGUAGCAAAAAAGAUAUGAUUCAAAAAAAAGAUAGAAUAAAUGGUGAGAUCAAUAAAAUAUCUCAUUUACCUAAACCUAAAGUUGUAUUAUAUCCUCCUGAAUGUGUACAACUUGGUUGGCAAGAUAAAAAAAUGUCAGUUGGUUCUGGAUUAGAUAAUCCUGGUGUAAUAUGUUACAUCAAUUCUACAUUACAGGCAUUAUUUCAUAUUCCUGCUUUUACUAAUUGGCUAACUAAUGAUGAACAACAUAAAAAAACUUGUCAACAAAAAACUGGAUUCCAGAAAGAUUGUAUAGUGUGUAUGGUUAGUGAUACAUUUAUACUAUCCCAAAAACACACAGGUUCUAGUUUUAAAGCUUCAAUUAUUACUAGUCGUCUAUCUUUAAUAUGUAAACACUUAUCAACAUAUCGUCAAGAAGAUGCACAUGAGUUCCUUCGAUACCUAAUUGAAAGUAUGGAACGCUGCUAUUUGUCCGUUUUAGGACAUGCUGCUAAAUCCCUAGACAAUUAUUCUAAAGAAACAACACCCAUAAACCAAAUAUUUGGUGGUUACAUUCGAACUGAAGUAACAUGUGGCAAAUGUGGGUAUAUUUCUACUACGUUUCAACAUUUUCAAGAUCUCAUUUUAGAUAUAAGGCAGUCUGAUACUGUAAAUGACGCUUUAGAUAAUUAUUUUGAAAAAGAACCAUUAGAUGAAUCAUAUGUAUGUGAAAGGUGUAGACGGCAAGUUGUUGCUGAUAAAAAGUUUUCAGUUGAACGAGCACCAAAUGUAUUAUGUAUACAGUUAAAAAGGUAUAGUGUUGGUAUGGGUGGGUUUAGUGGUAAUAAAAACAGUAAAGCUAUACAAAUAAAUGAACGGUUAGAUUUAUCAAAUUACCAAUUUGAUCAUCACAAAUUUAAAACUGAUGCUAGACCUCUGAGAUACCAUUUAGUAUCAAUGGUUAUUCAUUAUGGUUCAAGUUUGAAUAGUGGUCAUUAUACAGCUCUUGGCCUUACUCCUUCUGGAUCAUAUUAUUAUUUCAAUGAUUCCAAUGUUUAUCAAACAAAUUUUAAAAACUACUCCACAAGUAAUGAUUCAUAUAUGAUAUUUUAUGAACUGGAAUCUUUAGAAAAUACAAAUAAUACAAAUAUAGAAUAUAAGGCUUCAACUGUAACAUCUUCCAGCUGUAAAACUACCAAUGGAUUUUUUUCAAACAAAAACAAUGGUGUUACAAAACAAUCAAAUGGUGUUGCAAAACCAUUAAAUGGUUUAACAAAACCCUUGAAUGGUAUCAACAAUAUUAAAAAAAUUAAUGGCAAAGAAAAAAAAGGAAAUAUUUAUGAAAAAUGGGACUCAAAUAUAAAACAAUUAAAACAAGGACAACAAAAAGAGAAAUCAGUAACUGAAACAUCCUGGAAUUCUACUAAUAAAACUGUAGAACCUUCUACUAAUGGUGUUAAAUCAUUAUCAAUGUCCAAUAGUUUAGUACCAUAUAUUGAUUCUGACAAAGAUGGUAGUGAUGUAGAUAGCAGUUCAUUAUCUGGAGAAGAAACUAUUCCCAUAACAUUAGGAAAAAUAAAGUAUACAACUGACCAGAAAGUUCCAGAUAAAAAACCAUUAGUGAUGAGACCAAAAGAAGAUCUCACUGAACAAAAUUCUAAAGAAACACCAGCUAAAAAAUGUUUGGUAUUAAAACCACAAAAUGAUGAUUCUCCAAUCAAUGACAAAGAGAUAGGUAUUCUUCCAAACAAAAAAUGUUUGGUAUUGAAGCCUAAAGAUGAUGAGUCACCAGAAGUUAAAACUGAAUAUGAGCCGGUCAAAAAAUGUUUAGUCCGUUUUCCAAAAGAUGAUAAAGAAUUUAAUGCUUCUAAAGUAUUUAGUUCAGCCGAAGGAAAAGAUUUAGAGAGAAAAAAUCGACGCUGUGAAAAUGGUGUUUCAGAAUCUGACAAGUCAAUAAUCCGACUUGAACAUAACAAUUAUAAUGGAAUGAAGUCACCUACUGAGAGCAAGACAAAUGGGAAACUAUUAAAUGGGAAUGGUUUUACCGAAGAAAGAACUUGGAAUAAGUUAUCAAAUGGAAAUAACCAUAAGCACUCAAAUGGAACGAAAAACUGGCCUAAGUUUAACCAUGAGUUUCAAUCCAUUGGUAAUAUUAAAUUAACUGGUAAUUUUAAAGAAAGUAUGAAGUCUAGAACACAUUUGGGUUUCGGCGGAGAAGUUAAAACUUGGAAUGGUGAAAAAAGCUUUUUAGAUCGAGAAGCUGAACAAGAUAAAAUCAAUGGAGUUAAACGGUCUUUUGAUGAUGAUUACAAUGAAGAUUUUGAUAGAGGAGUUGUUAAAAAGAAAAAGUUUGAUAAGAACAACCAUGGUAUUAAAGAUAAUGGAUCAAAUGCUUUACAAAUGUUACACAAUCAAUUAAAUCAAUUUAAUGGUAAAAUGGGGCGAAGUAAAAUCACUUGGAUGAAUAGGUCCAAAAAUUAUAGAUCGUAUAAUAAUGGAUAUCGUCACAAUGGAAAUGGUGGAAGUGGAGGAUACAAGAAACCCAGUUUAUAGGCUCUACUGAAGCGCCUGUUGUAAUAACAAUGUUUGUACUCCGAUUUUCACGGUCGGUUCCUAACUUCAAAACAUCCAGACUUCAGUGUUGUUAUUAUUACUAUUUUUUUUUUUUUUUAUAAGUAUAAUUUCUUCAAAAGAUCCAUUAGCAAAGUUAACAAAUUGUUUUAAAUUUCCUGAAUAAUAUAAAUAUUAAUUUUUCUUGUAUAUAGAAAAUAUGUAAUUACAAUGUUAGAUUGCUAUUCAAAAUUUCUUUGUUGAAAUCCUAAACAAAUUUGUAUUUUUUUUUAUCUCACUCAUUUAUUUUUUUCUAUCAACAUCUU